AUGAAGGUACCUGUUUCACUGAAGAAAAAAGCCUCUUUGAAAAUAACGCACCUGCUCGUUACCAAAAAGAAACCUAUCACAGAGAGUGAAGAAAUCAUUGUGCCAGCAUUGAACAUCCUUGCAGAAGAAGUGCUUGGUAAAAGUGCUGCUAUGAAGCUGAAUGAGGUCCCCCUUUCAGCCACAACAAUGGAACGCUGGAAGUUAAUGAUUGCUGAGGACCUGCUUCUACAGUUAGCCGAAAGAGUUAGGAAAAGUCCAUGCUAUGGAUUGCAAUUUGACUUGUCGACAGAUUUCACAAACAGGGCUCAGCUGACAUGCUUCACUUGCUAUGUUGAUUGUGAGCACUUGCGAAUGAUAGAAGAGUUUCUUUUCUCUGAAGAUGUUGGCGCAGAAACUACUGGUGAAGCAACUGCAAAAAAAGUUCUGGACUGUCUCACCCACAAUGGGAUUCCAAUUGAAAAGUGUUCACACAUCACAACCGAUGGUGCAGCUCGUAUGGUUGGGAUAAGAAAUGGUGCAGUGGCAAGGUUGAAAGAUUAUGCACCGAACUGUGGAAGUUCUCACUGCACCCUGCAUCGCCAGAAUUUGGCAUCAAAGCAUCUACCAAGCGAGUCUGAUUUGGAUGCUGCAAUGAAAAAGUGA